GAAGAAAGACGCGCGAGCCUUGGCGGCCCGGAACCGGCCUUGGACCCGAGGCGACCCUGAGGCCGCUCGCCCUCCCGCCCCAUGGAGCGGCCCCCCGGUCUGCGGCCGGGUGCGGCCGGGCCCUGGGAGAUGCGGGAGCGGCUCGGCACCGGCGGCUUCGGGAACGUCUGUCUGUACCAGCACCGGGAGCUUGAUCUCAAAAUAGCAAUUAAAUCUUGUCGCCUAGAGCUAAGUACCAAAAAUAGAGAACGAUGGUGCCAUGAAAUCCAGAUCAUGAAGAAGCUGAACCAUGACAAUGUCGUAAAGGCCUGUGAUGUUCCAGAGGAACUGAACUUUUUGAUUAAUGAUGUGCCUCUUCUAGCAAUGGAAUACUGUUCUGGAGGAGAUCUGCGGAAGUUACUCAACAAGCCAGAAAAUUGUUGUGGACUUAAAGAAAGCCAGAUACUUUCUUUACUGAGUGAUAUAGGAUCUGGGAUUCGAUAUUUGCAUGAAAACAAAAUUAUACAUCGAGAUCUAAAACCUGAAAAUAUAGUUCUUCAAGAUAUUGGUGGAAAGGUAAUGCAUAAAAUAAUUGAUUUGGGUUAUGCCAAAGAUGUUGAUCAAGGAAGUCUCUGUACAUCUUUUGUGGGAACACUUCAGUAUCUGGCCCCAGAGCUCUUUGAAAAUAAGCCUUACACAGCCACUGUUGAUUACUGGAGCUUUGGGACUAUGGUGUUUGAAUGUAUUGCUGGAUAUAGGCCUUUUUUACAUCAUCUGCAGCCAUUUACCUGGCAUGAGAAGAUUAAGAAGAAGGAUCCAAAAUGUAUAUUUGCAUGUGAGGAGAUGACAGGAGAAGUUCGGUUUAGUAGCCAUUUACCUCAACCAAAUAGCCUUUGUAGUUUAAUAGUAGAGCCCAUGGAAAACUGGCUACAGUUGAUGCUGAAUUGGGACCCACAGCAGAGAGGGGGACCUCUUGAUCUUACUUUGAAGCAGCCAAGAUGUUUUGUAUUAAUGGAUUACAUUCUGAAUUUAAAGGUAGUGCACAUCCUGAAUAUGACUUCUGCAAAAAUAAUUUCUUUUCUGUUACCGUGUGAUGAAAGUCUUCAUUCACUACAGUCUCGUAUUGAGCGUGAAACUGGAAUAAAUACUGGUUCUCAAGAACUUCUGUCAGAGACAGGAAUUUCUCUGGAUCCUCGGAAACCAGCCUCUCAAUGUGUUCUAGAUGGAGUUAGAGGCUGUGAUAGCUACAUGGUUUAUUUAUUUGAUAAAAGUAAGACUGUAUAUGAAGGGCCCUUUGAAUCCAGAAGUUUAUCUGAUUGUGUAAAUUACAUUGUACAAGAUAGCAAGAUACAGCUUCCUAUUAUACAGCUGCGUAAAGUGUGGGCUGAAGCAGUACACUAUGUGUCCGGGCUAAAAGAAGACUAUAGCAGGCUCUUUCAGGGACAGAGAGCCGCAAUGUUAAGUCUUCUUAGAUAUAAUGCUAACUUGACAAAAAUGAAGAACACGUUGAUUUCAGCAUCACAGCAACUCAAAGCUAAAUUGGAAUUUUUUCACAAAAGCAUUCAACUUGACUUGGAGAGAUAUAGUGAGCAGAUGACAUAUGGGAUAUCUUCAGAAAAAAUGCUAAAAGCAUGGAAAGAAAUGGAAGAAAAGGCCAUCCACUAUGCAGAGGUUGGUGUCAUUGGAUACCUUGAGGAUCAGAUUAUGGCUUUGCACACUGAAAUCAUGGAGCUGCAGAAGAGUCCCUAUGGAAGACGCCAGGGAGACUUAAUGGAAUCUCUGGAACAGCGUGCCAUUGAUCUAUAUAAGCAGUUAAAGCACAGACCUACAGAUCAUUCAUACAGCGACAGCACAGAGAUGGUGAAGAUCAUUGUGCAUACUGUUCAAAGCCAGGACCGUGUUCUCAAGGAGCUGUUUUGUCACCUGAGCAAAUUGUUGGGCUGUAAGCAGAAGAUUAUUGAUCUACUCCCCAAGGUGGAAGUGGCCCUCAGUAACAUCAAAGAAGCUGACAAUACUAUCAUGUUUAUGCAAGGAAAGAGGCAGAAAGAAAUAUGGCAUCUCCUUAAAAUUGCCUGUACACAGAGCUCUGCCCGCUCCCUUGUAGGAUCCAGUCUAGAAGGCACAGUAACCCCUCAGGCAUCAGCAUGGCUGCCCCCAACUUUAGCAGAACGCGAACAUCCUCUGUCAUGCGUGGUAACUCCUCAAGAUGGGGAGACUUUAACACAAAUACUAGAAGAAAAUUUGAACUGUCUUGGCCAUUUAAGUACUAUUAUUCGUGAAGCCAGUGAGGACCAGAGCAACAGUAUGACGAAUCUUGAUUGGAGUUGGUUAGCAGAAUGAUAACCAUGUGUUCACUGUCCGCAUACCUAUGGAGGUUGCUCCUGCACUUGUUGGGAAUUAACUUUCCUCCUUGAAACCAUUCUUCAAACACAUCAGUGGGAGAAAUGGAUAUGAUCAGAAACUAUUCAUGAUUAUACAAGCACAAUAUCCUGAUAAUGAAUAAUUUUGACCUCUGAACUGAUAGAAUUUUAUAACAAAUCAAUGAAUUUAAAUACUCUUUUCACACUGAUCUACCUAGCAAUAUUAGCAGUGACCUGUUUUAUCUUUAAAAUUGGUAAAAUGUUAUUUGUUUAACUGGUGAAAAAUAUGUCCUCUAAAGUUUCAGCUUUUAGGCACAAGGCCAAAUAUAAUAUUAUCAUUCAGAGAUGAAAAUUCAUCUAAUGUGCAUUUUAAGUAAAAGUUGUCUACCUGUGUUUAUGUGGAAGAGACUGCUCACAAGUGAAUUUAUGCUUCUUGAAGAAUCAACCUACCCUCCUUGUGCUGCACACAGCGAGUGCUUUUCUGGCAUCAUAAGGAGUUAGAAUAAUCCCUUUUUUAAUUGUACUGCACAUUUAAUAGUAUCCUCAUCUUACAGAAGAGAGUGUGCAUGUGUGUCUUUGAUACCACCUGACUAUGAUAAAUCAUGGUGUGUGCUAUGUGUAUAUGUAUUUAAGGUGUACAUUUAAUAAUAUCAGAGAGAAAAUGUCUGUUAAUUUAUAAUGUAUUUGAAAGGUUAUGUGUUUUUGCAUUUGUAAAAAAUGGGUCAUUUGUUUAAAAAGUCUUUCCUGUCUUGUCAUACAGGUUUAUACAGGUCUACAUUCCCUUAUCUGUAAUUGUAAUUUCAUAAUCCAAGCUUUGAAAAAAAGGUUUUCAUGAGCUUGGUAACAAAUUUCAUUUGCUUCCAGAUCUGUUCUGAACUGACAUUGAAUCUACUUAUCCCAUUUAGUGUGAAUAUUCAUUUAUUUUGCUGCAUAUUAAUGUGUUUGAUUAUGGGGAUGUUGCCACAGACUCUUUUGAGGGUUAAUGUAGUAUGGUAUAUGCACUGAAUUACCUUUCUAAAAUCUGAAAAUUUUGUAAUUCUGAAACAUCUGGCCUUAAGAGUUUCAGAUAAAGGAUUGUGGAUCUCUGCCUUCUGUUAAAUAACUUAGAAGGUGUUAUUUUUAAAAUGUGAAAUGCUUUUAUAUUCUAGUUUUUCACUUUGCAUAUUAAAUGAUUUUUGAAUUAUU